AUGCUGAACGGUGGUUUAGACGGAUGAACCCUAUUCAUUGGACAUUGUGCCAUGAUGGUGGUUGUCGUUGGGGCAUAUUGACGACAAACCAUAUAGAGGGCUUCAAUGGUGUAUUGAAAGGCGCACGCAGUGUUCCCAUUACAGCAUCAGUUGAGAUCACUUUUUAUCGGCUCGUGAAAUAUUUUGACGAGGGCAGGACCAUUGCUGAAAAUGCAAGUAAUCGGGGUCACUUGUACACGACUAAUGUUCAACGAUGGAUUGACGAGCACCAAGCUAAAGCAAAUGUGCAUAUGUUGGUACCGAUUAAUAGGGGAAUAGGGGAAUAUGAGGUGAGGACAGCACCGCAUGGGAUGGGGGGUGGUGCUCGUCAAAUAGUUAGUCUCCGACCACCGAGUUGUUCAUGUGGGAAGUACACAUUAUUUCACUUGCCAUGUUCCCACAUGCUUGCUGUGACAGCAGACUUGGGCGAGGACCCUUUUCCUUUCGUUGCACCAGAGUAUAGGUUGGAAGUCCACAAGCGUAUCUUCGCGCAGAAGUUUAGGCCCAUGCCGCACGAGCAAUAUUGGCCUGACAAUGAUUACCCAACUUUGCUUGCUAUUCCAGCUCGACAACGUGAAGUUAAAACGGGUCGUCCUCAACAUAGCCGCAUACACAACGAAAUGGAUACUUCCAGACAAAGUGGAUUGCACCAUUGUAGUUUGUGUUUGCAAAGAGGGCAUGAUAAGAGAGAAUGUCCAGCGAGAAUCCGAUCGAUUCGACAGUAGUUGUUUGUCUUCUUUACAUAUUAGUUCCACGCUACUUUCUUUGAAUUGGAGUCAGUAUUCAGCAAAUUGAUAAUGUAUUUACGACUUCAAUUACUAAUGACAUAGAUUUGGUCAAAUGUGGCAAAUCUCUUUAAUUGCUUUAGUUGUUGCAAGUGUCCUUUGUGCACUGGAUUGUGCAGACUUUGGUGCGUUGAUGGUCGAUUGUGUCCUGACCUCGAUGGACACCAGUUUAUCUAAUGUUACAAAAAUGCAAAUA